AACUCACACACUCUCUCUGUGGUUUGAAGGAAGAGAACACAGACACACACUUCACUUAAAGUGAAGCUAAAAAGAGAGUUUAUUUCUUUUUGAGUUUUCUGGCUAAAAGGGAAGCGGUGAAAAAUCUUUUGAAUUUCUUUUUUAUUUUGUUUUUCUCUGUUUUUGUUUUUGCCUUUUUGGAGCCUGUUAAUGAAUGUGUGUGAGAGAGAGAGAGAGAGGGGGGAGGGAGGAGGGAUCAGGGGCUUGUUGCUUUUGGGAUUUGAUUUUAAGGUGGUAAUUUAGUAGAUACAGGUGGGGUUAUUCUGGAGAUUUUAGAAGGUUAGGGUUUUGUUGGGUUUUCUUCGUUCUUUUACUUCUUCUCUCUCUGUUUCUCUUUUUAGGUGAUGGUGAGCUGGGUUCUGGUGUGUUGUUGUUUGGAUCUGAGGAGAUUGAGAGGUUGAAGUUUUGGGGUGAGUUUGUGUGUUUGUGUAGGGAUGAUGGAGAGGAAGGUUGGAGCCUUGGUUUUUGUGUGGCUGAUCUUUCUGCUGCAUCCAUUAUGGUUGGCUUUGUGUAAUACAGAAGGUGAUGCUUUGCACAGCCUGAGAAGCAACUUGGUUGAUCCUAACAAUGUCCUGCAGAGUUGGGAUCCUACCCUUGUGAAUCCUUGCACAUGGUUUCAUGUCACCUGCAACAAUGAUAAUAGCGUUAUAAGAGUUGAUCUUGGAAAUGCUGCUUUGUCUGGUCAGCUUGUUCCACAACUUGGCCUACUUAAAAACCUGCAAUACUUGGAGCUCUAUAGUAAUAACAUAAGUGGACCAAUUCCUGGUGAUCUUGGGAACUUGACUAGCUUGGUGAGCUUGGAUCUUUACUUGAAUAGUUUUACUGGUCCCAUCCCAGAAAGUUUGGGCAAGCUGUCAAAAUUACGAUUCCUCCGGCUUAACAACAACAGCUUGGUGGGUCGCAUUCCUAUGUCAUUGACAAAUAUUUCAUCACUGCAAGUGUUGGAUCUAUCAAACAACCGUCUCUCUGGAGUUGUUCCUGAUAAUGGUUCCUUCUCGAUGUUCACUCCCAUUAGUUUUGCUAAUAACUUGGAUCUGUGUGGGCCAGUUACUGGGCAUCCCUGCCCAGGUUCUCCUCCAUUUGCACCUCCUCCUCCAUUUGUUCCGCUACCCCCAAUUUCCUCACAAGGUGGGAAUACUGCAACUGGUGCAAUUGCUGGAGGAGUAGCUGCUGGUGCAGCCUUACUAUUUGCUGCCCCUGCAUUAGCAUUUGCUUGGUGGCGUCGUAGGAAACCUCAGGAAUUCUUCUUUGAUGUACCUGCCGAAGAGGAUCCUGAAGUUCAUCUAGGACAACUUAAAAGGUUUUCACUGCGAGAAUUACAAGUUGCGACAGAUAGUUUCAGCAACAAAAACAUUCUUGGUAGAGGAGGAUUUGGUAAGGUUUACAAAGGACGUUUAGCAGAUGGCUCAUUGGUGGCUGUAAAGAGACUGAAAGAAGAGCGUACACCGGGAGGGGAGUUGCAGUUUCAAACAGAAGUGGAGAUGAUAAGCAUGGCUGUGCAUCGGAAUCUCCUUAGAUUACGCGGGUUUUGCAUGACACCAACUGAACGACUCCUUGUUUAUCCCUACAUGGCAAAUGGAAGUGUUGCAUCAUGUUUAAGAGAGCGCUCACCAUCUCAACCUCCUCUUGAUUGGCCAACACGGAAGCGAAUUGCAUUGGGAUCAGCUAGGGGUCUAUCUUAUUUGCAUGAUCAUUGUGACCCAAAGAUUAUUCAUCGAGAUGUUAAAGCUGCAAAUAUUUUGUUGGAUGAGGAUUUUGAGGCUGUUGUUGGGGAUUUCGGGUUGGCUAAGCUGAUGGACUACAAGGAUACUCAUGUCACUACUGCUGUCCGUGGUACAAUAGGGCACAUAGCUCCAGAGUACCUUUCUACUGGAAAAUCAUCUGAAAAAACUGAUGUUUUUGGGUAUGGGAUCAUGCUUCUGGAGCUAAUUACUGGACAGAGGGCUUUUGACCUUGCUAGGCUUGCAAACGAUGAUGAUGUUAUGUUACUUGAUUGGGUGAAAGGACUUCUUAAAGAGAAAAAGUUAGAAAUGCUGGUUGAUCCUGAUCUCCAGAACAAAUACGUAGAAGCUGAGGUGGAGCAGUUAAUCCAGGUUGCACUACUCUGUACACAAGGCUCCCCAAUGGAACGGCCUAAAAUGUCAGAAGUGGUUAGAAUGCUUGAAGGGGAUGGCUUGGCGGAGAGAUGGGAUGAGUGGCAAAAAGUGGAAGUUCUCCGGCAGGAGGUGGAGCUAGCCCCUCAUCCUAAUUCUGACUGGAUUGUAGACUCAACAGAAAAUUUGCAUGCAGUAGAGUUAUCUGGUCCAAGGUGACCCUGGCACAGCUACAAGUAAAGAGGAAAUACUCUCUACUUAUUUUUUAAUCAUAAUUUUAUCUUCUUUUAUUUUUAUUUUUGUUUUUUUGUUUUUUGGUUGCCAUCCUGAUUUGAUUAACAUAUCCCAUCCCGAUUUAAGUCUCCUUGUAAGUUCAUUCUGCAUUGUAUUCAUUACAUUUGUGCAUACAAGUCAAGAGUUGUUGAGAUGAAAA